UCACACGCAGACAUCUUUAAAAUGCUAACCUUGUUCAAGGCACCAAUUCAAGGUAGAAGACGAUAUCCGCUCUGAAGCAGAAGAAAAGGUAAUUCUGAAUGUCUGGAAGAAACCGGAUUCACAGAGAUAUCCGAGACAGCUAUCAUGAUCAUCGUGAUUUACCUCCGGAGAGACCUUUUCUCCGAGGCCCUCCAUUGUUACAACCUCCACCACCAUCUUUGUUAGAAGAUCUUCAGAUACAGGAGGGUGAAAUCAGAAGGCAGGAUGCUGAAAUCAGAAGGCUUUUGAGUGAUAAUCAUGGACUAGCUGACGACCGAAUGGUUCUGGAGAGAGAACUCGUUGCUGCUAAAGAAGAGCUUCACCGAAUGAAUCUGAUGAUUUCUGAUCUUCGUGCUGAGCAAGAUCUGCAAUUGAGGGAGUUUAGUGAGAAAAGGCAUAAACUUGAGGGGGAUGUUCGCGCUAUGGAGUCGUAUAAGAAGGAGGCUUCACAGUUGCGUGGUGAAGUUCAGAAGCUGGAUGAGAUUAAACGUGAAUUAAGUGGAAAUGUUCAGUUGCUUAGGAAAGAUUUGGCUAAAUUGCAAUCAGAUAACAAGCAGAUUCCUGGUAUGAGAGCUGAGGUUAAAGACCUGCAGAAGGAGCUUAUGCAUGCUAGAGAUGCAAUUGAAUAUGAGAAGAAGGAAAAGUUUGAGCUUAUGGAGCAGCGGCAGACAAUGGAAAAGAACAUGGUUUCUAUGGCGCGUGAAGUUGAAAAGCUACGCGCAGAACUUGCUACUGUUGAUAGUAGGCCGUGGGGUUUUGGUGGAUCGUAUGGGAUGAAUUACAACAAUAUGGACGGCACUUUCCGUGGCUCGUAUGGCGAAAACGAUACUUAUUUGGGAUCUUCGGAAAGGAGUCAAUAUUACAGCCAUGGGUCUGGCUCGCAGAAGAAACCUCGUUUGGAUCGUCAUUGAAAUCUAAAAUGAUCUGUGGAAAAAGAAUGAGGUGACGACUAAAUAGCCCACUUCUCAAUACUCCUCUGGUUGUUUGUGGGUAUGCAUCUACUCUAAAUCUAAAUGUUAGUUCUUCUGCUUUUUUAAUAAGGCGUUAUAGUUAUGUAACUUAGAUGGCUUUUUUUCUUUCUUUCUUUUUAGCCAAGCUUAGAUGGCUAAUCUAUUUCGUAUGUUUCAAUAAUUUGACGAUUUGGUUCUUCUUGCUUGCUAUUAAUUGUGUUCUAUUAUCC